AAGUUUAAGUCUGGUUUAAGCUAUAAAUUUCAAUAGGCAACCACCAAUACAGAUUGUUAUCAAUUUUAAAAAAAAUCGUACCAAGAAACUUACAAAAUCGAAUUAUGUCAUCAUCCUCAACUAUGAUGAUAUGAAAUAUGAUAAGGAUUAAUACAUUUUGGAUACAGUAAUCAAAAUCCAUCAAAAACUGAUAAGAACCGACAAGUAGCACAACUUAAAAAUGUUUGAUAGCAAACAAAUUACUGAGUUUUUUCUCUUCUGUAAUGACAUCAUACAGACAAUCGGUGAUAACAAAAGAUCGAUACAAAAUAGCAAAAUUAAAAUUACGUUAAGUCAGGUAAGGAGGAAUAUGGACAUACAAAUAUAAUUAAAAAAAAAAGAUAAGAACAUCAAGUGGAACAUUAAACCGUUUGAUGGCAAUCAAACGAAAAAAUCAGCCAAGAGUAGGGUACUCAAUAAAUUAACGAUUUUUCUCGUGUCCAGAUAAAUAAAUGACUAAUUUAAAGUACCGACCCAAAAUUACAAAAUAAAAAAUAAUAAGAUCAAAGGGGAUUUUUUCGUCACAAUUGGUAAAUUCCAGCAAACACAAUAAAACAAACUAUUUUUCCUAGAUAACUGCAUUCCUUGAUUUCUACAUAUUGAUAAUAAAAUGACGACAACCGGAUAAAGCGAAAUUGUUAUUAUAAUUUUAUCUCAGGUGUAUCAUCAUUUUAGGAUGUUGAAGCUCAUAAAAAAAACACUUUUGUGGUCGAAAUCGAGUUCAAAGUCAACGAAGAACGAAAACAAACAAACGUAUCAAAAUCGUGCCAUUUACGCAUUUUUGUGGCACGUUCAGAGUGACUCAUUUGUGACCUAGGACAUUACGUUCAAUUCAAGGCGACGCUGUUUUUACCUUAUAAUUUUUCCAAUGUAAGAAAAAUUAAAUAUUUCAUUGUGUCGUCUAAUUGAUCGUUUACAAGUGUUUUAUUAAUUAUUGCUUCAAGCGGCAAUAAAAUGGUGCAAAUUGCAAUUUUAUAAUAUAAGACCCGAAAUCUUAUCUUAAACAAUGAGUACGUCGUGAUAAGAAAACGAUACCUACAGUCAGAUAUUUCCAACUCAAACACGCACGAAGGCUGCAAUUGCGUGUUUGUUAUUCAAGUUUGCCGAGCGUGUAAUAAACGAGUGGAGUGAACAAAUUUUAACAAAAAAAUCGAAAUUAUUUAUUGCGCCCUUUCGCAAUGACACUGAAAAACAAUAACUAAUCUAAUCAGGACAAUUCACGUUCGAGGAAUUUUUCUCUACAAUAAACUACUUCACGUAAGUAAUCGCUCGGUAUUUGGCGCACGAUAAUCGCGACCGAAAUGUGCUCAAGACUGUUUGGCAAGAGCAAAACUUACGUCAUCCAAGACAAAUUCAACAACGUUCCCAAGCCGCCAACACAAAAUGGAACCACUCGAAAGCCAAGAGCACCUCAACCCGGGCCGCAAGAAACCCCGCCCGUGCCUCCACCUCCACCUGUCGACCAAAUAACCCGAGCCCCGCCUCCGCCUGUGCCACAAACGACCGAAGAUCCGCCCUCACCUGGCCCAGAACGGGCCGCAACUCCGCCCCCCGAGCCGGACGCUAUUUCAACCGACACUCAAAUCGACUCGACUGAAGAAAGUGUAAAAGUGAAUCAAGAAUCACAAGAAGGGCUCGAAAGAAGGCCGGGACUCAUCCCCCUACCCACAAAUAUAGACGAACACGGGUCAGGAGACGUAGAAAAACACCCGAAAACGCAAGAAGAUGAAAAAUUGAUUCGGGAAGCGAUCGAACGGAGCGACUUCCUCAACAAGAUUUUAAAAGGGGACUUGUUGAAAGAAGUGGUCGAUGCCAUGUACCCCCGCGAGAUCAAAUCGUCCGAAGUCAUAAUAAAGGAGGGCGAGAAAGGGGCCCACAUGUAUGUCUCGGCCGGCGGCCAGUACGAAGUCUCCGUCAAGGGCAAAGGCGUGGUGAAUACGUUCGAGGAUAUCCGAAUUUUCGGCGAGAUGGCAAUCCUGUACAAUGAUAAAAGAAACGCGACCAUUAAAGCAAUAAAAGCCGGGAAAGUCUGGGUUUUGGACAGGACCAUUUACCAGAAACUGAUGCUCCAGUUCAACAUCAAGGAGCAGGACGAGGUGCUUUCCUUCCUCGAAAACGUCCCAACUUUGAAUAAAGUCGGGACCAAAGUCUUGCAAAAGGUCACGACUUUGCUCAAAGUUAAGUACUUCGCGCCGGGGGCCACGAUCGUCAAACAGGGUGACCGAGGCGACAAGUUUUACAUAAUCCGGGCCGGCACGGUGACCAUCUCGAAGGAGGGCGAAGGCGUGGUGGGGAACUACGGCAAAGGCCAGUAUUUCGGCGAAUUGGCGCUUCUGGACGAGGAGUUUCGCCAAGCCACCGUCACAGCCGACGCCCCCGAAGGGGUGGAGUGCCUCACACUGAAACGGCAGCACUUCCGCGACCACUUCGGGAGGAUAACAGAGGGCGGAACCGUGGAAUACACCCCCAAGUCGGGGCCCAAACGGAGCGAAUCCGUGCGCGAACACCAAGACAUCGAACUCAAGGAUUUAACAAUUCUGACGACGCUGGGCGUCGGAGGGUUCGGGCGCGUCGAGCUCGUCCAACACAAGUCCAAAAACCUGAUCUUCGCGUUAAAAUACUUGAAAAAGUUUGAUAUGGUCGAGCAGAACCAACAAGAACAUGUUUACAACGAGCGAAACAUCCAGUUAGAGUGUCGCUCGAAAUUCAUUGUACGCCUUUACCGCAGUUACAAAGACGCGCGUUAUAUUUAUUUCCUCAUGGAGUCGUGUCUGGGGGGCGACCUGUGGACCCUCCUCCAGAGGCAAAAGACGCGCCGCUUCGACGAGAAAGACUCCAGGUUUAUCGCCGGCUGCGUCCUCGAAGCUUUCACAUACCUCCACGAAAGAGACAUAGUCUACAGAGACCUCAAGCCGGAAAACUUGCUCAUAGACGAACACGGUUAUAUCAAAUUGACCGAUUUCGGGUUCGCCAAGCGCCUGGGGGCCCGUGGCCGAACUUUCACGUUCGCAGGGACGCCCGAGUACGUGGCCCCUGAAAUUAUUCUAAGUCGGGGACAUGACAAGGGCGUCGAUUAUUGGGCUUUUGGUAUUUUCAUUUUCGAGCUGUUGACCGGGAGAACUCCGUUCCGGACGAACGAUGCGAGUCAUAUGAGGACGUACAAUAAAAUUUUAACCGGGAUUGACAGUGUCGAAUUCCCGAGUUAUGUCUCGUCCAAAGCCCGCAAUAUUAUCGAGAAGCUAUGCAGGGCCAUCCCGAGCGAACGAUUAGGGUGUCAAAGGAACGGAGUUAAAGAUAUUAAAUCCCACCGGUGGUUCCUGGGCUUUGAUUGGGUCAAACUCAACGAAGGCAAACUGACAGCGCCCUUUAAACCCAAACUCAAGUCCAGCACCGACACGAGAUAUUUCGAACAAUUCAAAAAGGACAACGACUGUCCGCCGGAAGAAACAAGUGGAUGGGAUGAAAAUUUCUAGUACUCAAAAUAAUUUUAGUUAGGUCUGCCAAGUACUUUACUCAAGUUGUUGAUAUACCAAGUGAAUUUUUUAUUGUAAUAAGGUGAAAUUAAUAAAACAAAUAUCAAAGUCA